CGUUGUUGGCGAUCGCGAGCGCGUAGCUUUUACAGUCUUAGACGAUGCCAAAUAAUCGUAAUCGCAAUCGCAAUCGUAAUCGUAACAAACGCAAUAAGCAGCAGCAGCAGCAGCCACAAAACAAAGCGGAGCAGCUAGAGCCAGAGCAAGAGCAAGUUGAGUCAGCAGCAACUUCAAGCAAUGCUGAAAUAUCUGGCAGCAAUUCAAAUGGGUCAAACACAGGCACUGACAGCAGCAGCAACACAACAGCAGUUGCUGCUGUCGAAGAGCUGGGCCUAGUUGCUGUCAGCAGCAGCAGCAGCAAACACGCGCAAGCAGAACAGCUAGAGCAGCUGUCAAUAGAUCAAUCAGUAGCAGCGAUAAUUAACAACGACAUGGGCGCUAAGAACUCAAAGCAACAGCAACAGCAACAACAGCAGCAGCAGCAAGAGCAAGAGCAACAGUUGGCUGCAGAGCAACCACUAAAAGCACCAGGUAGUCCACGCCAGGUGAAGGUCAUAGUGCAUCGCAUAGUGCGUGCGGAUAUUGCUGAGCCAACUGAGCAACAGUUGCCAACAGCAGCAGAGCCAGCAGCAAUACAGCAACCGCAAUCAGCAGCAGCAACACAACAGAUCAUAGUACAUCGCAUAGUGCAAGAAAAUGUUGCUGAGCAACAGCAGCAGACAGCUGAGCAACAUUUGCCAGCAGCAACACAGCAGCAACAGCAAUCGCCAACGACAGGAGCGCAACAGUUGCCAGCAGCAGAGCAGCAACAUGUCAUAGUGCAUCGCAUAGAGCGUGAAAAUCAGCUGUCGCAGUUCGAAAAGUUCACGCGCGAUGUGCAAAUCCAAGAGCUGGAGCUGAACAGCGACUGCAGCUCCGGUGAGUUUAAUUACAAUCUGCACUCGCCGCUGGUCUGCGAGGUAGACUCGGAGUCGGAGGCUGGCACGCCGACGCUCGCUGUGAGUCCAGAUGUGCCGUCCAGCAGCCGCGCCGAGCAGCAGGAGCAGCUGCGUCAGAAGCGCGCCCAGAAGCGCAACGCACUCGAAUCGCACUUCUUGCCGCAGCUGCUCAGUCCGCGCUAUCUGGACAGCAUACUGGAGGAGAACAGCGAGCUAGGCGUCAGCUCGACUUUAGUCGUCGCCACAAGCGUCGCGAGGAGCCGCUGGCCAUAA